CGCAUGCCCAGGGUUGCGCGCUUGUCUUCGGCCCUCAGCGUGCGGCGUGUGCAAAGCAUUCUCGGUGCCGAGUUGUGCAUAUCAAGUCUCACAGUCUGGACUGCUUCUUGUCGGCUGAGAUCACCUGUGUGAAAUAUGAGUGAGCAUGUAAGACUAAGAUUCAAAUCUAGAGGAAAAGGAGAUGAUCAAGAAUCUUACCAGCUCAUUGAACCUGCGGUUGCCCAGCAGCCCAGUGAUGAACAACUUCAAGAGGAGGACCCACCAACUGAUAAUGAGGAUAUUACACCUGGUCAAGAGAAAGAGGAUGAAGGAGCGCCUCUGAUUCAAGGUCCUGACCUGGAAGCUGAUGUCCAGCAACUGCCUCAGGCAGAGACUGAGGAUAAAGGAGAAGAUGAUUCUGAUGUCAAGGAGGAGAUUCCAUCAACUCCAGAGCCCCUUAAAAUGUCGGAAGGAGAGGAAGGAGAACCACAGGUUUAAGCAAAGACAAGAUGAAACUAUGCAAACUGUUCUUAUGUUGCAUAUUUGACUAUUAAAAUUCUCUCAAUAAAGUUUUACAGCUUUCAUCAAAUAA